AUGAGAACUGAUUAUAAGAAUCAUUCUAACAAUAAUGACAAUAAUAGUGAGGAUCACAUAAAUGAUAAUGCAAACAAAUACAAUUGGUUCACUGUAUCACUUCACAGGAAUGUUGAUCAAUAUUCAAUGAACCAUACAAAUGAUUCGAUUGAUAAACUAGGUAGACAGUUUACACAACUAGCUGAAGACUCAAUGAAAACUCAUGUAGAUAAUGAAUUCACUAAACAUGAUCAUAUCAAACAAUUGAUUCUAAGUAGACAGUCAACAAUGAACAUUGAUAACUCUCAGAAUCCAUUAAAAGCUGCCAUAUCAUCAACCCAUACACCAUCUAUGAAUUCUAUGGUGCCAGUAAUAGAUAAAAGACAGAAGAAGUCAAUACAUGCAUUGAACAAUACAAAUCCAAUAAUAGAUGAAUGGAAGAGAAGAAAAUCCCAUCAAGGAAACUAUCUCACUAUGAAUUGUAACAAUGACAAACAAUUAGAUUUCAUAAAAUCAGUUAAGACAACAUCUAUGAAUAGUGUAUCGCCUACUAAUAAUGUGAUCAAAGAUGUCACAACAAUCCACCGUUCAUCAUUACAAAUAUUGAAUCAUCUUUCUGAGCCAAAUAUCAUUGAAGAUGUAGAGCUGUUCAACAAUUCAUCACAUUCAUUAACAUCAGUUUUACCAACAUCUCAUCUAUUGUCAACUUCAUUGAAUUCUUUAUCGAAAUCAAUAAGGAAAGAGGAGAAUAUUGACACAUUCAAUAGUGAAAUGACCAGUGAUUUAUUCACUAGUAUGAUACAUUCCAAGAAUCAACCACAAUCAUUUCAAUUGAAGAAUCAAACUGAAAAGUUGGAUGAUGGUUUAAAACAGAAUCAUAAUAAUACUAAUAAUAAUAAUAUCAGUAACAAGUAUACAUCAGUUGAGGAUAGAAUAACCGAUUCCAAAUCCAAAGGACUUGGUCUCUAUUGUAUAUUGAAUACAAUUGGUUUAGGUAAUUUUUCACAAGUGAAAUUAGCUACUCAUAUUUUAACAAAAGAACGUGUUGCAAUUAAAGUAUUAGAUAAAAGUAAAAUGAAUACAUCAACUAGACGAUUAUUAAGUCAAGAAAUAUUGAUUUUAGAAAGUUUACAUCAUCCAAAUGUGAUAAGACUUUAUGAAGCGCCAUAUCAACGAAACGUCGUACAGAUAUACAAAAUUGAUUAAAACAACAACAACAACCAAACAAACAAAAAGUGGUAUCUACCUAGAAACUAUUUGUGUAAUUCAUUCUUCUGUUGUUGUUGUUUCUUUUGGUCAUUUUCAUUUUGAUUAUCUCAAUUUAUUGAACGAGUAGAAC